UAGUGGGAAGCUCUGUGUGCGGUCGCGACUGCUGCUCCCGGGGCUGGGUCGCCCCCGGGCUCCCCUCAGCCACUUCACCAUGGCAGGCCCUGGCCCGGGCGCGGCGCUAGAGUCUCCGCGGCAGCUGCUGGGCCGAGUGCGCUUCUUGGCUGAGGCAGCGCGUAACCUCCGCGCCGGGCAGCCGCUGCCGGCGGCGUUGGCUUUCGUGCCGCGAGAGGUGCUCUACAAGCUUUACAAGGACCCGUCGGGACCGUCGCGCGUGUUGCUGCCGGUGUGGGAGGCGGAGGGCCUGGGGCUGCGUGUGGGCGCCGCGGGCCCGGCCUCCGGUACGGGCUCCGGACCCCUCCGCGCCGCCCGCGACAGCAUCGAGCUCCGGCGCGGAGCCUGUGUGCGCACCACGGGCGAGGAGCUGUGCAACGGCCACGGGCUCUGGGUGAAGCUAACCAAGGAGCAGCUGGCAGAGCACCUGGGCGACUGCGGUCUGAACGAAGGCUGGCUGCUGGUAUGCCGCCCGGCAGAAGGCGGGGCCCGCCUCGUACCCAUUGACACUCCCGACCACCUCCAGCGGCAGCAGCAGCUCUUCGGUGUGGACUACCGGCCGGUGCUCAGAUGGGAACAGGUGGUGGACCUGACUUACUCGCAUCGCCUGGGAUCGAGGCCUCAACCGGCAGAGGCAUACACAGAAGCUGUGCAAAGGCUACUCUAUGUGUCCCCGACAUGGACCUACGAAUGCGACGAGGACCUGAUCCACUUCUUGUAUGACCACCUGGGCAAGGAGGAUGAGAACCUGGGUAGCGUGAAGCAGUACGUGGAGAGCAUAGACGUUUCCUCCUACACGGAGGACUUCAAUGUCUCCUGCCUGACAGAUAGCAAUGCAGAUACCUACUGGGAGAGUGAUGGGUCUCAGUGCCAGCACUGGGUACGGCUUACUAUGAAGAAGGGCACCAUUGUCAAGAAGCUGCUACUCACUGUGGAUACCACUGAUGACAAUUUUAUGCCUAAGCGGGUGGUGGUCUAUGGGGGCGAAGGAGACAACCUGAAGAAGCUGAGUGACGUGAGCAUUGACGAGACCCUGAUUGGUGAUGUCUGUGUCCUGGAGGACAUGACCGUCCACCUCCCAAUCAUCGAGAUUCGCAUCGUCGAGUGUCGAGAUGACGGGAUUGAUGUUCGUCUUCGAGGAGUCAAGAUCAAGUCAUCUAGACAACGGGAACUAGGGUUGAAUGCAGACCUGUUCCAGCCAACCAGUCUGGUGCGGUAUCCACGCCUGGAAGGCACUGACCCAGAAGUACUAUACCGCAGAGCUGUCCUCCUGCAGAGAUUCAUCAAGAUUCUAGACAGUGUCCUGCACCACUUGGUACCUGCCUGGGACCACACACUGGGUACCUUCAGUGAAAUUAAGCAAGUGAAGCAGUUCCUGCUGCUUUCACGCCAGCGCCCUGGCCUGGUGGCUCAGUGCCUGCGUGACUCAGAGAGCAGCAAGCCCAGCUUCAUGCCACGCUUGUACAUCAACCGGCGCCUUGCCAUGGAACACCGUGCCUGUCCCUCUCGGGACCCUGCCUGCAAGAACGCGGUCUUUACCCAGGUUUAUGAAGGUCUCAAGCCUUCUGACAAGUAUGAAAAACCCCUGGACUACAGGUGGCCCAUGCGCUAUGACCAGUGGUGGGAGUGUAAAUUCAUUGCAGAAGGAAUCAUUGACCAAGGGGGUGGUUUCCGGGAUAGCCUGGCAGAUAUGUCAGAAGAGCUGUGCCCUAGCUCAGCCGACACCCCUGUGCCUCUGCCCUUCUUUGUGCGCACAGCCAACCAGGGCAAUGGCACUGGUGAGGCCCGGGACAUGUAUGUGCCCAACCCCUCCUGCCGAGACUUUGCCAAGUAUGAGUGGAUUGGACAGCUGAUGGGGGCUGCCCUCCGGGGUAAGGAGUUCCUGGUCCUGGCUCUGCCUGGUUUUGUGUGGAAGCAGCUCUCUGGAGAGGAGGUGAGCUGGAGCAAGGACUUCCCAGCUGUGGACUCUGUGCUGGUGAAGCUCCUGGAAGUGAUGGAAGGAAUGGACAAGGAGACAUUUGAGUUCAAGUUUGGGAAGGAGCUAACAUUCACCACUGUACUGAGUGACCAACAGGUGGUAGAGCUGAUCCCAGGGGGCACAGGCAUCGUAGUGGGAUAUGAGGACCGUUCUCGUUUCAUCCAACUGGUGCAGAAGGCACGGCUAGAGGAGAGCAAGGAGCAGGUGGCUGCCAUGCAGGCAGGUCUGCUGAAGGUGGUGCCACAGGCUGUGCUAGACUUAUUGACCUGGCAAGAGUUGGAGAAAAAGGUGUGUGGGGAUCCGGAGGUCACCGUGGAUGCUCUACGCAAGCUCACCCGGUUUGAGGACUUCGAGCCAUCUGACACACGGGUGCAGUAUUUCUGGGAGGCACUGAACAACUUCACCAACGAGGACCGGAGCCGCUUCCUGCGUUUUGUCACUGGCCGCAGCCGCCUACCAGCACGGAUCUACAUCUACCCCGACAAGCUGGGCUAUGAGACCACAGACGCGCUGCCUGAGUCUUCCACCUGCUCCAGCACUCUCUUCCUACCACACUAUGCCAGUGCCAAGGUGUGCGAGGAGAAGCUCCGAUACGCUGCCUACAACUGCGUGGCCAUCGACACUGACAUGAGCCCUUGGGAGGAGUGAGGCAGAGCUGGGAGCAGCUGCAGCUGGGCAAGACUGCGCCUGUGCCACUCAGCCUAGCCCCAGGCGAAGACACCAUCCCUGUGCCAUUUCGGGUCUGUGCUCCUGUUGUGAGGUGACAUGUUCAGAAAAACCCAGUGCCCCCGGCUUCUACAUGCUGUUGCAGUGGAAGUGGUGGGUUGACACUGGGCCCAGCCCCACAGACCCACAAGCCCUACUCGUGCUGGGGCUUACUUCCCCAGGUAUUUAGCCUCUGAGAGGGAAUCUUCCACAAGCCCAGCACAAGCUGCCAGGCCUGAGCUACUUGAAGGGGGCCAUCUAGCUCCCCACCCCUGGACUUUGCUUCCAUUUUUGGCUAUACCUUUUUUCUUCUUCUUUCUCUGUAGUUAGCUAUGACUCAAAACAAAACUAUGGAGGAUGGUGGAGGCUCUUUCCCAGUCAAGGAGCCAGGGAUGGAUAGAGUAAUGGUCAUCCUCCCUGGUCACUUGCCCCAAGAAUGAAGCAACAGCUGAGCACCCCUCCCUCACAUACUGGUCUUUUCUUCCUCUCCCUCUAUACGCAAGGUGUGAGCUCUGGCCUUUCUCCAGCUCAGUCUCAGCUGACAAAGUUCCACCGCCUUCCCUGGCUCAGAGCCCACAUCUGUUCAACAUUAAAUCUUUAAUACCACUACCACCCCAUACUCGUCACUUCUGUAUCACCUCCAGCCUGCUGUUUCACCCUCAAGAUUUUGCACAGGUUAAGGCCAGUUAUGUCCUCCCUGAAAUCUUCAAUAGCUCCCCUUUACCGAACUCUAAAAUAAAGCCUAGACGUUAAACCUCAUCCUAGGGCUCUGCAUGUCCCUGCCCCUCCAUCAUGGAGGCCCUGUCACUCCAUCAAAAGAAGGUCUUGCACAUGGGAAAGUCGAAUAAAUGGAUGAAUUCAUUCCUUCAGAA